GAAUUGUACUGUUAAUAGUUACACUAAUUCAAUUUUAACUUAAUGAGUUAUUGUACGUUAUUGUGAAUAUGCCAUAAAUUCGUGCACUUCGUUGUUUUUGAUCCAUGGGUUUUGAUUAUUAAUUUUUUUUUGUGAAUUUACAUGCAUGUAAUCAAACACUUAAGUCUGCUUUGUAUUUAAAUACUUAAGUUAUACUUAAAAUAAACUAUGCAUAUUAAAUCCUUAGUUAUUGACGGCUUUAAGUCGUAUGGAAAACGUGUUGAGUUGAAAGAUUUUGAUCCAAAAUUUAAUGCUAUAACUGGUCUAAAUGGUACUGGUAAGUCAAAUAUUUUGGAUGCAAUUUGUUUCACUUUGGGAAUAUCAGCUAUGAAUACAAUACGAGCUUCAACUAUGCAAGAUGUCAUUUACAAAAGUGGACAAGCUGGUGUUCAAACAGCUACUGUUACUAUAACAUUUGACAAUAAAGAUAAAUCAAGAUCUGCCCCUCAUUAUAGUCACAAUGAUGAAAUUGUUAUUUCUCGUGAAGUAGGAAUGGGUUCUAAAAAUACUUACAGAAUUAAUGGUAUUACUGUAACAGCUAAGAAAAUUAUGGACUUUUUUAAUUCACUGCAGAUGAAUGUAAACAAUCCUCAUUUUAUCAUUAUGCAAGGUAGAAUAACAAAAGUAUUAAAUAUGAAGCCUGUAGAAAUAUUAUCAAUGAUUGAAGAAGCUGCAGGUACUAAUAUGUAUGAAUCUAAAAAGAAAAGUCUUGAAAUGGCAGUUGGUAAGAAAGAUAAUAAAUUAAGAGAAAUGCGAAAUGUUGCUGAUGAAGAGAUUCUCCCAGCUAUAGAUACUAUUAAUAAAGAAAAACAUAUGCUAGAGGAAUUAAAUAUAGUUCAAAAUCAAUUAAAAAAACAAAAAGAAAAACUUGACUACUGGAACUAUAUUCGAUACGGUACAGCAUUUAGGAAAGAAAAUUCUAAAUUAAAAGCCUUAGAAGAUAAAUUUGGGAAAAAAAAUGAAGAUUAUAAUGAUUUACAAAAAAAAGUUAAUGAAAUUACCAAUCAAAUAGAGGAAUUAGAGAAGAUAAAGGAAAUAGAGUGUGGACAAAAAGUAUCUAAAUUUAGUAAAGAAUUAGAAGAAAAAGAAAAAGAAAAAAAAUCUAUUCAAAUUAAAGUAGAUGUAUAUGAAAAUAAUAUAAAAGUUGAGGUUCAAAAAAUUAUUGAUCUACAAAAACAUAUUACGAAUAGUAAAAAAGACCUUGAAGCAAAACAAAAAGAAAUUGAAAAUUUUAAUAAGGUGAAUGCAGGUUUUGAAGAAAAUAACAAGAAAGACACAUUUGAUUUAGAAGAAAUUGAUAAAAAAAUAAGAUCUUUAAAUUCUGGAAAUAUAUAUGCAGAUGAAGACAAUGGUUCGGUGCAAGAGAAUAUUAAUAAAUUUAAUUUAGAAUUACAAAAUCAGGAAUCAGAAAAUCAACAAUAUGCAAUAAAAAUUGAUGCAUUAAAAAAAAAAUUGAAUCAACAUUUAACUGGUAUGAAAGAAGCUCAAAAAACAUAUGAUAUACAACUAGCUCAAUUAACAGCUAAAGAAAAAGAAUAUGAAAAAAUUAAGAAUGAAUAUCUGAAAACUAAUGAAGAAUUAAGUCAGCAUAAUAAUCUAAGACCAAAGCGUGAUGGCUUACUCAGAGAUAUACGAGAGUUAAGUUCAAAAAUAGAAUCAUUUGAAUCAAACAAUUCUAGUUUAUUUUUUAAUUAUAAUGACCCUCAACCAAAUUUUGAUCGUCAAAAAGUACAUGGACUUGUUUGUCGUUUAUUUAAACCAAUUGAUUUUAAGUAUGAACUUGCAUUAACAACUAUAGCUGGUGGUAAACUAUACUUUGUUGUUGUUGAAGAUGAUUCUGUUGGUAAAGAUAUUUUAGAAGCUAAUAAAUUUUCAAAUCGUGUAAAUUUUAUUCCAUUAAAUAAAAUUAAAUCUAAUAGUUUGCCACCAAAUGUUUUAAAAAUAGCUCAACAAAUUGGAGGAGCUGAUCAAGUUUUUUCUGCAAUAUCACUUAUUAAAUAUGAUCAAAAAUAUUCUAAAGCCAUACAAUGGAUAUUUGGACAAGCAUUAGUUUGUACUACUAAAGAAGUUGCUGUUAAAGUUUGUUUUGACAGCAGAGUUAAUAGGCAGUGUUUUACAUUAGAGGGUGAUCAUUACAAUCCAGCUGGUAAUAUUACUGGUGGAACUAUCACACAAAGACUUGUUUUACAAGGAAUAGCUAAUCAAGAUGAAAUUAUAUCACAGCUUAAAACAAAAAAAUCUGAGUUUGCACAUAUAGAUAAUAAACUUGUUGCAAUGGCUAAUUUGUCUGAUAAAGUUCAACAACUUCAAGAAAAACAUAUUAAAGUUCAAGUAGAAUUAGAUAAAAUUAGAUCAGAUGUACAUUUGGGACAGCCUCAUCAACAAGUUACUGAAGUAAAUAGCAUUAAACAGCAAAUAUUUGAGCUGGAGAAAAAGUAUGAAGAAGGUAAAGCUAAUGAAAAACAAUUACAAGCUAAAAUUAUUAAUUUGGAAACUAAAAUGAAGAAUGCUAAAAAUAUUUUAAAACAACAACUUAGUGAUGCAGAAAAAACUAGAAAAAGUAUUUUAGCUAAAAUAAAGAACAACAAAGCAGAAUAUGAUGAAAAAAAAAACAACUUUAAUAAAUUGGAACUUGAAAUUAAAGACUUAACUAAUCAAAUGCAAGAUCAAGAAAAUCAGUUAAAAGUAUUGGAUACUCAGAAGAAAAAAUUUGAAAGUGAGCUAACUACAUUAAUGUUAACACUAAAUGAAGCUACAAUUAUUUUUAAUGAAGUUUUUAAAAUAUAUGAAUCACAAAAAGAAAAAGCACUUAAAACUUCCGAUGAAAUUAAAUUAUGUAUAAACAAAAAAAAGGAAUUAAGUACUGAAUUGAAAAAUUGUAAAAUAACUAUUUUAGAAAUGGAUAUGAAACUUUCAAAAGAUAAAAAAAUGGUAAAUGAGCUAGAACAAAUAUUUAUUGAACUUGGUAAUAAAUUGAGUGAUGAUCAAAAACAUAUUGCUGAAAAAAUGGAUUUUUCACAUUUUAAUUCUGAUGAAUGUAAGCAAGUACUUGAUGGUUUGCAAGCUAGAUAUGAUCAAAUAUCAAAAGUCGUGGAUCCAAGCAAAUUGAAUAAUUUUCAAAAGCACAUCCUAGAGUAUAAACGUUUAGAAAAAAAAUUGGUGGCAAUUGAGAAGGAUAAAAAUAAAAUAAUUGAGAUACUUGAAGAAUUAGAAGUGCAAAAACGUAAACACUUACAAAAUGCUUCUGACAAUGUUAAUUUAGAGUUUGGAAAAAUAUUCAGUAGUGUAUUACCUGGUGCCGAGGCUUGUUUAAAACAAGUAAAUAAAGAUGAUAUUACUGCAGGACUAGAGAUCCGUGUGGCAUUUAAUGGACUGUGGAAGGAAAGCUUAGAUGAACUUAGUGGAGGCCAGCGAUCUUUGGUUGCUUUAUCUUUAGUAUUAGCUAUGUUGCUAUUUAAUCCUGUUCCUCUUUAUAUUUUGGAUGAAGUAGAUGCUGCUCUAGAUCUUUCUCAUACUCAGAAUAUAGGAAAAAUGUUAAAGAAACAUUUUAAACAAUCCCAAUUUAUUAUAGUAUCCCUCAAAGAUGGUAUGUUUAGCAAUGCUAAUGUAUUAUUCAGAACUAAGUUUGUGGAUGGAUCUUCUGCAGUUACUAGAACUACUUGUAACCAAUCAUAAAUGUAUACUCAUCAUAUUAUUUUUUUAAACUAAAUUAUUUUACUAUCAUUGGUAUUUGAUUUUAAAUAAAAUAGAAGGUACAUUAACUUUAUGAUCAAUUAAUAUUUUCUAAUUAGUUUAGUCUUAUUACUUAACGUGAAAUAUUAAUUUUAUAUGAUUUUUUUUGUUCCAAAAAUAAGAUGC